GCCAUUAGGAAAUGCAGAAGCCCGUGAAACGGGUUGAUUAACAAUCUGCAGCACAGAACAUUCUCUCGAGCAAGCUCGCCAUGACAUACUGUGUCUUUAUGUCUUUUGUACUCCGUACUCCGUACUCUGUACUGGGGUAACACAAAAGAAUAUUCCCCAUGCGUCAUCCUCAAAUGUCCCAACAAGUUACUAACGAGCAGAGCUCCCCAUGACCCUGCCAAGUCCUGCUAUUAUAGUUCCAUACCUUGCGAAGUGGAGAUGUUGGCAAUGAUGCAGCGCACCCAACCGCCGCGCGGCACCCCGCGGAGUGCCUUUCUCUCCAUCCAUCAUUGCAGAUCAAGAAGAGAACCGGUGACGGAAAAUCAACAGAGGCAUCUGGAUGGUGACAGCUGCCCUUGGAAACCGGUCGCAAUGGUUGAGUCGACAUUGCCUGGGUGACUUUUGAUUCUGCGCUCCCAUCGGCACCGUUGGCUAGUUCACCCCCCGGCCCAUAGGCAACCACAUACUCUUUCGUACCCCGUAUCCGAACACUCUGCGUGCGUUUUCAAAACCCGCAUCCCCAGACAAGUUGCAGAGACUCAGCGCCCGUGCGCACUGCGGCCUUUCUCCACAGAGACGUCCAUCUAUGAUCAGUAUGAGCACCGUCGACCCGUCCAAAUCAUCCCUCUCAAGCGAUCAGCCCGUCGCCCAAACGGCCCAUUUUCAGCUGCAACCCAGCGCCGGUCCUGAUGGAAGCAGAGACGCUAGCUCCAGCGGAGCACCGCCCAACGAGAGCGCCUCCGGCCACGUCCCACGCCCGAAACGGAUAGCGUGUAUGGUUUGUAGGAGAAGAAAGUUACGUUGCGAUGGGAGGAAGCCUAGCUGUGGAAAUUGUGCCCGUCUGGGCCAUGAUUGCGCAUACAACGAGACGAGGAAAAAGAGCGGUCCCAAAAGGGGCUAUGUCAAGCAGUUAGAGGCCAGGUUAGCCCAAGUUGAGACUCUUCUCAAAGGACAGGAUGCAACCGACAGUUCGCCAAAUUCUACGUCUGCACGGGACAUACCUUUUCAGGGCUCGUUACAAAGUAAAAUCCCGGAGCCGUCUGUCGGGUCAACUUCUGCGGAACAAGGGCCAGCCAUCCCGCUUUCUCCGUUCGUAGACUUGGCUUCAAAUGCCUCCGGCCUUGUUGAGCCCAGUUUACAGAUAGGGGGAGACGCUUCCUGGGAAAUGAUAGGCCUCGGGUUGGAGGAGUCUCUUCCCGGCCCGGAAAUCAUUGAUGAUCUAACCGAGAUCUAUUUCCAAAAAAUCCACCCGUCGUAUCCCAUGAUCCAUAAACCUCGCUACCAUGCCGCCAUGAAUCUCUCUCCGUUGAUGCGCCCCCCAAUUUGUCUGCGAUAUAUAAUGUGGGCUCACGCAGCCGCCUGCACGGAGCGAUAUGAAUCACUCCAUCAGAUAUUUUAUCAGCGUGCGCGGAAAUAUAUCCAGCUCGAUGAGAUGAAGGGGCUUGGCGAGUCGGUCAUAUCUGCUGCGCACGCUCAAUGCUGGAAUUUAAUCGGGAGUUAUGAAUUCAAGAUGAUGUAUUUCCCCCGAGCUUGGUUGAGUUCGGGCAGAGCUAUGCGACUCUCAAUAAUGAUGGGACUGCAUAGGCAGGAUGGCGCUGGCUUAGACGUGAAGCAGUGCAUACCAGCGCCUCGUGAUUGGACCGAGCGGGAGGAACGGAGGCGGACAUUUUGGAUAGCAUUUUGCCAGGAUCGUUACGCUUCAGUGGGGACAGGGUGGCCGAUGGCGGUGGAUGAAAGAGAUAUUUUGACGCAUCUUCCCGCUUCAGAUGAAGCAUUUCUCAACUGCCGAACACAAAAGACGUCGUCGCUUCCAGACGCUUUAUCCGGCCAAGCUACGUCAACGCUCUCUCCUCUGGCUGCCGUGGUGGUAAUCACCUGUCAUCUCGGUAGGAAUCUCCACCAUCUCCACCGUCCAUCAGCCAACGACAAAGACCACGACCUCUACGGGGAGUUUUGGAAGCGUCACCGGGCACUGGAUAAUAUUAUUCUUAAUACAUCUCUCUCUCUUCCUAGCCACCUGCGCCUGCCUGAAGGAAUUAACGACCCAAAUGUCGCCUUCUGCAACAUGUGCAUUCAUACGUCGACCAUCUGCCUCCAUCAAGCCGCCAUCUUCAAAGCAGAAAAGAAUAACAUACCUCCUCAGAUCGCUGCCGAGAGUAAGCGCCGUUGUAUAAUUGCAGCAGACCAGAUCACCAAUAUCAUGAAGAUGAUAAGUCAUCUUGACUUGACACUCAUGAACCCGUUCCUCGCAUUUUGCCUUUAUGUCGCAGCGCGAGUUUUCGUCCAAUAUCUCAAGUCACGAUCUGAAGACCUAACUGUCCGCUCGUCACUGCAGUUCCUAAUCUCCGCUAUGAAUGCAUUAAAAGUGAAGAAUCCACUUACACAGUCAUUCCUUGUUCAGUUGGAGUUUGAUCUUGAAACCUCUAAUUUGGGAAUUCUGGCGAAUGCGUGCUCCGGGAACCAAUAUGGCGCGUUUGCGAACUCGGUUUCGGGCAAGGGUCAAAGUGACUUGGGUGGUAACGCGCCCGGAAAUACAGAAGAUUCGCUGCACGCAGCCAAUGGCUCUAAAGUGCAAUAUUCUCGGUCUGGAUUUCCACCUGACGCCUCUCUACCUUCUCGCCGGAAGCCUACCACCCAGCAACAGGCUCAACAGCAACCAUCACAUUCAGCCCCGUAUUACCCGUCAAACGACACUCAACCCUCUGGCAACUCUCCCUUUCCUAUUUUAACCGAUGAACAAUUGCGAGCAUUCGUUAUGGAAAUGGAUAUUCCCACAGACAUGAGUACGACGAGCGACCGUCAACCAUCUACAUCUGACCAUUCAACCCCCAACACCCAUCAGAUGUCGAAUAGUUCCUUGUCACCUCACAACCUCGAUCACCCUUCACCUCCUAAACACCUGCACCAAUCAUCUCAAUCUCGCGCGUACCUUUCCACACCUUCACCAAACCUUACAAACUUAGACGCAAGCGUUCCCAGCCGCGUUUCUUCUUUCUCAGACUCUACCUCCAACACCCCGUUCUCAUUCCCUGCAUCAUGGAGUUACAGUCAAGAAAAAUCUACAAUCCAAAGUCAAUCCCAGGCCCAGUCUCAAUCCACUCAAGGAGAAGGCUCACUUCCUUCUAACGUAAAUGCUACAACAGUGACGAGUGGCGCCAUUGAACUUAUGUCACUUGACGAUCUCACUUGGAUGCAAGAUGGAACUGGAGGCGUGUUGGACUGGAAUAAUUGGCAAAGUCACUGAUUAUUGGUCGGUUAACAGGUGUUUGAUGACGGGUAUAUAAUUCUUGAACCUUUCUAUUUGCCGCGCAGAAUCGGUACCCUCCCUUUUGUUAUAAGGAGCCGCCGAAUAAUAGCUGGCUAUAGACACACAAAUGGUCUGCUUGGAACGAGAUAAAAGGUGUUGCAUUACGUGGUUAUUUUCUACUUCUCCCCUUACCAGAUCGACCCGGCGUUUUGCUUUUGGCAACUGGAUAGGUACACUGUAUACCCAUACUUAUACAUUAGAGUCCUCAUUUGCGAAUCUCAAUUAUCGAAUCGUUCAUAUCCCGAUCCGAUAAGCUCCAUAAUAUCGUUAGCCAUCACGUAGGAAACCAGUGCAAACAAGGAAUAUUCAACGAAGGUAUGAUACUGCCCAGCUUGACAUCUCAAAUCACAAUCCACCACCACCAGCACCUACAAUUCUCAACCCGUUACUACUCGGGCCCAUCGCAUCUGCAUAAAUAGAAUACGCCAACCAAUACCUCGACGGAUGCCACGCCACAGCGGGAACAACAUGCGACCCAUCAACCGGAAUCGUAAACACACUCUCCCCGGUCUCCGCAUGGAAAAUCUCUAACCCAACACCGCCGCAAUCCGGCUCAUCGCACGCGCCUACAAUGAAUCGCCCGUCCCAGCUCCAGCUUACGCCGCGCACUCCGCCUCCGCCGGAACUCGUCACGGUGCGCUUGCAGAUCCAGUCAGUGGUGUCCCAGAGGGAGAUUAGGGAGUCUCCACCGCCAAUUGCGAGGUAGCGGGCUGUUGGGGAGAGGGAGACGCAGUGGCAGGAGGCGGUGUGGGCGUUGAGGGUGUGAAGUGUGUGGAAGGAGGGGUAGGAUACGAUUUGAACGGUGCCGUCGCCGGUGGUGAGGAAGAGGUCCGGGUUCGAGGGUGAGUAGGAGAAUGCGGUGCCGUUGGUCCGGACGGGUUGUUUGUGAGGCGAAAGGGAUUUGUAGGGAGCCGCUGUUGUACCCGAUUUGGAGGGUUCAGUGGUGUUUGUAGGUGUGGAGGAAGAGUCGACAGAGAUGGGUACGAGAGUGUCGUCC